AUGAGACUUCGUGAGUUCAGGGACUUGAGAACGGAGCAAAAGACGGCGAAACUGAUCUCUCUUCCAAAAAGAGAUGCCACUAUGUUGAAGAGACAAUUAUCUCAUUUGGAAAGAUAUCUAGGCGGUAUAAAAUAUAUGACAGGAUUACCUGAUAUUGUAAUAAUCCUUGAUCAGCAAGAAGAAUAUACGGCUCUUCAAGAAUGUAUCACUUUGGGAAUUCCAACGAUUUCUUUAAUUGAUACAAAUUCUGACCUAGAUCUUGCAGAUAUUUUGAUUCCGGCUAUUGAUGAUGCUAUAGCUUCCAUCGGAUUAAUUCUUAACAAAGUAGUUUUUUAA